CAAAUCGGCAGUUGCUAUGGAAACAGCCACCAAUUUCAGACAGUGACAUUGAGUGACAUGCAUCGACAGUGUUAAGAAAUUUUUUCAAAGAACGUAAAUCAGAUAACGGUCAUCGCAAGUUAUGCUUGUCUGUUUGUUCAUAAGUACAGUUAUUCAAUCCUGACGCCAAACUGUCUAACACCGGAGAAAAGGAACGAGGCAGCAUGCCAGAGCCUGUACACCAUCAGAUAAACGCUGCUCGCAAAACGUUCCAAGCGCUUUAUCAAAUUUCGAAACUGUUGAACACCAAUUUGGACCCGACGACGUUAAGUAUAUGCAUACGAUUAUGCGAGAACGGUGUAAAUCCGUAUGCUCUCGCGACCGUGGUAAAGGAGUUACAGAGGGAAGUGAGAGCUAUGGACAGUUCUAAUCAGCUGGAUUCUCCGACCAGCAAGUCUAGCAUAAAUAAAUGAUCUGCUAAGUUACAAAUCUUCCUCAGUCGGUUCAUUGAGCAGAAUGCUACGACCGUUCAUUCGUAAUCUUUUAUACAUAUCCUAAUUGUAGAAGAUCAAAAGUAGUUACGUUUUGUAAUGAUAUAACAUGGAAUCGUUCAAUUGUUUGUAUUACUAGUUGUUGCACUCUAUUAACAUCUUUAGCUAUGUUGAUCAGUUAGCCCAGUUCUAAUGACCUAUUAUUGCCUUGUCACAAAAUUAAUUUAGAGGAAUUAAUAAAUAUUGGUUAAAUAGUUA